AUGUUGAUUCAGUGGACGCAGAUGGACUCCGGACAGGUGACCGGGGUUUACGCAGAGGUCAGCUGCGUCCCCGCGCCUGUUUCUGCCCGCGUGAGUGAGGAGCAGCAGCCGGAGGUCCGGAUAUACACCGUCACUACAGAGUGGAGUCAGAGCGACCUCGUCCGCGGCUCCAGACUUCGCUACUCGCAGCAGUGGACUCUGAUCACCGACAGCAACGACCGCAAGAACAUCAGGACUGUCCUCCCACCAGGGCCCUGUGCACCUGUGUCUGGAGAGUUACUGAGUGAACUCUCUCCCGUUCGAGGCCAGAGGGCUGUUGUCAGGGAAACAAGUGGCCACCAGCUCCUCGAGAUUUGGGACCACCAUGGCCUCAGGAAAUGUCUCAACCUGACUGCUCUCAACAAACACGGCAGAGUUUACGAUGACGCCCAGUUUGGCUGUCUGUCGUGGUCAGAGUGUGAGAACAAACUGCUCUAUGUUGCUGAGAAGAUGAAGAAUGCAUCAAUAGGAACACACGAGGGGGAAUCUGCAUGCAGAAAGGACAGGAGUGUGUACUGCGAAGACUGGGGCGAGGCUCUGACCAAUAAGAGCGUUCCAGUGAUUUGUGUGGUGAAUCUGCAGAGCGGCUCCGUCAGCAUGCUGCAGGACGUCCUGCCUGACGUCUCACCGGGACAGGCUUUAUGGGCUCCUGGGAGUCAAUCAGUGUUUUUCGUUGGUUGGUACCAUGAACCAUUCAGACUCGGACUGAAGUUCUGCUCCAACCGCAGAUCAUCGUUAUUCAAGCUCGACCUGGAUGGAAACUGUGAGUGUUUGUCUGGGGACAACCUGUCGGUGUCCUGUCCCAGGCUGAGCCCAGACGGGUCCACACUGAUCUACCUGCAGGGUCGAGUGUUCGGUCCUCACAACCAGUGCCUCAGUCUGCAGCAGUUGGACCUGAAGAGCAGGAAUACAUCGACACUGCUGGAUGUUGUCAACAGACCACAGAGUGGUGAGUUUGCAGGUGUGUAUGAGGCUCUGCCAUCCUGCUGCUGGUCUGCAGACAGUCAGAGAGUGGUGUUCAGCAGCGCCCGCAGAAACUGGAAGGAUCUCUAUAUGGUCGACAGAAGAUCAAACAAAGUCACCUCCCUCUCUGAUAGUCUCUCUGAUCUUUCCAAAGUUUAUGGCAGCUGGAAGCUGCUGACAGUCCAGAAAGACCUGAUGGUUGUCUGCUGCUCCAGCCCUAACACACCUCCCACGCUGAGAGUGGGUUUCCUCCCAUCAGCAGGUGAGGCUGUAACCUGGCGAACCCUGCAGCAGCCCAUCAUGACCUUCGACUCUCACUGGACAGUUCUAGAUGUUACACCUCCGCCAGAGGAGGACAACACACACUACUCUGGGUUAGACUUCGGGGCUGUUCUGGUUAAACCGUCUCGUCCUCUCCAAGAAACCAAGAUGCCUCUGGUUGUCUUCAUCCAUGGUGGCCCCCACUCUCAGUUCCCAGCAGAGUGGAACUGCACCACAGCUGGACUGACUGAACUUGGCUUUGCUGUGCUCAUGGUAAAUUACCGUGGUUCCACUGGGUUCGGGCAGGACAGCAUUUUGUCCCUGAUCGGUCAGAUAGGAAGCCAGGAUGUAAAAGAUGUGCAGACAGCCGUGCUUACGGCACUGCAGAGGGACAGCACCCUUGACCCCGAAAGGUUGGCUGUGUUUGGUGGUUCUCACGGGGGUUUCCUGUCUUGUCAUCUGGUUGGUCAGUACCCAGAGUUCUACAAAGCGUGUGCGGCCAGGAACCCUGUCAUCAACGCUGCUACUUUACUGGGCACCAGUGACAUAGUAGACUGGCGUUACACCAGUGUGGGACUGCAGUACUCCUAUGACCAGAUACCCACUGCUGAGGCCCUGGCUGCUAUGUUAGAGAGGUCACCCAUCACACAUGCUGCUCAGAUCAAAGCUCCAGUGUUACUGAUGCUGGGGGGCAGAGACAGGCGAGUGUCUCCUCACCAGGGUCUGGAGCUCUAUAAAGCACUGAAGAGCAGAGCUUCACCUGUCAGAUUAUUGUGGUUUCCAGAAGACGGACAUUCUCUGUCCAGAGUGGACACACAGGCCGACUGCUUCCUCAACACAGCGCUGUGGCUGCACCAGCAUCUCUGACACACACACACACACACGCACACACUCACACACAAACAAACACAUA